UUCGGGAAUCAUUCUGUUUGGGUAACUUGAAUAUCUCCUAAAGCUGCCCUAAAAUGACGAAACUGCAGCUCUUAAACUCUUAUCUUACCGAACGUUUAAUGGUUGCCGUGCACGAGAUCUUAGGUGUAGUAGGGGAGACGGUCUCGGAAUACCAGGCGGAAACUGCCCGAACAAAGAAAGAGAAUGAGAAUCUCAGACGGAGGCUGCGCAUACUCGGACACGAGAUCGAGUCAUCACGGCCGGGAGCCAUGCAGCUCACUGCAGAAAGGACACCAAUUGAGCUCAGUGAGCAGGAGUGGAGCUCUGGUCUGAAACAGAACACCCAGCUCACAGAACGGAAACAGGAGAUUGCCAAGUUCUUCACACCAGCCUCUGAAACAUCAGAGCCAAUUCUGUCAUCUUUUUGUGUAAAAAAUGACUUUGAAGAGGAAUCAGUUAACCCUGCAGAUCCUCUUGAAACCACACUGAUUGAGGAGAAUCAGGAAAUCAUACAUCAGCAAGAGGCUAGGCUGAAAGAAGGCAUGCGUACUGGACAGCAGUCUGUCCUCACGGCAGAGACUGAUGCAGGCUUAGUUACACCAGGACUGAAGAAGCUGGCAUUGGAAAUCACAUUGUCAAUGGUCUCACCAUCUGUAAAUUCUGAGCUAAACUCAGUCCGUACGGCAAAUGUCUCAGUGAUAGAGCCACUCAGCACUGAGCUGAAAUCUCUGCCCAGCCUUGGGCCAGAGCAAGUUAAAACGGAGCCCGAUGAAGGAGACUUUAAUCUUGAACAGCUCUCACAAUUACCUUACAUCCCAAAUAAUCUGAGUGGUAUAAAAGAAUCUCUGUGUGAAGCAAAUGUGACUGUUGGGUCUAACAUUAACGGAGCAGAAGGUGAAUGUACAGAAUUGUCUAGUAUACCUAUCAGUGAGGCUCAGUCUGAUAAUCUGACUGUUGCUCACAGAGAAGAAAAACAACACUGUUGUUUUCAGUGUGGGAAAUGUUUCAGUCAUGUUUCGUACGUUAAAAUACAUCAGCAGAUUCAUACAGGUGAGAGACCAUACGCCUGUGCAUGGUGUGGAAAAUCCUUCACUCAGUCAGGAGACCUGAGAAGACAUGAGCGAAUCCACACAGGAGAUAAACCGCACCAUUGCACAUGGUGUGAAAAGAGUUUCACUCAAGUAGGAAACCUGAAACGGCACCUGCGGAUCCAUACUGGAGAGAGACCGUACUGCUGUACUCGCUGUGGGAAAACUUUCUACGAUGGAGGUGCCUUAAAAAAUCACAAAAGAAUUCACACACAA